AUGUCAUCAACAUUGUUAAUGUCGUUGACGUUGUCAUCAACGCAUAGAGGAUUUGAUAAGUCCAUGGUCUCGGUUAAAGAUUAUAUGUGGGCCUAUGACGUGAAACCCGAAUCUGAACGAAGUAGUCAGGCGCUCUGCUGUUUUGCUCCAGUCUCACAUCCCUCGGCCAUGAGUUUUGACUCCGUCAGUGAGGAGUCCAACUCCAAUGAUGCGCCAUCAGCAAACUUGAAGAGUUCGAAUGGUCGCCGUUUUUCCAAAGAUCAACCUGAUACGAUGGAUAUCUCUCCUGGUUCUUCCCAUGAGCGUAGAUCUCGCAGAAGUUCGAGGGACAGGGAAAGAACUCCUAGUCCGCGCUACAGAUCACACAAAAAGAAAAAGCGAGAGAGGACACCAUCAGCCUCACCACCAUUUGAUAGAAGCUCGAGCCGUAGAUCGAGAUCACGUUCUCGUUCGAGGAGAGAUCGAGAUAGAAGUCAAAACGGUCGAGAUCGAUUCAAAAGGCGCGAGAGAGACGAGCGGAAAAGCAAGAAGGAUAGACGAUCGAGGCGGGAUCGUUCUCGAUCACCACAAAGAAGGAAAAGUGGAAAGUCAAGACGAAGAAAGUCGACUAGUAGCGACAGCAGUGAUGACGAAAUAACGCUUAGAGAUCGAACUACUUUAUUUGGCGAGCUGGUCCGAAAGCAUGGUGAGUCAGCUGAUGCACUUAUCAGGAAUCGCGACAAGCAUCGCAAACUCAAACGUAGGAAAAGAGAUACUUCUUCGAGCAGUUCGAGCAGUGAGGAUGCGAAGAAUAUUGACAAGAAGCCUACGACUGUUCCAAUGUCACUGCCAGUUGCUUGCCCACCUCCGACUUUUCUCGACCCCGCAACUGCACAGUAUUAUCAGUUGAUUACUGCUAGCGGAUUAGUCGUUCCUGUAGCUGUUCCACCUCCUUCUGUUGUUGGGAUGCAUUUACCACCUCCACCAAUACCACCAGCUCCUGGAGCCUCUUCCAUGGACUCAAAGAAUAUUUCAUCGCUACCGACGGAAAUGGUGGUGCCACCACUUAGCAGUAUUCCUGUUCCACCUCCUCCGGUUCCCCCGAUUCCUUUCGAGCCUGCUCCACCACCUCCGAUUCCACCGCUGCCUUCAAUGACCGUUUCUGCCAGCGCGUUGUCUGAUCCUGCGGUGCCAUCAGGUUCUGGGGCCAUCGGAGCCAGUAGUUUAUCAGUUCCAACUCGCUCGUCGGGGUUACCAAUGCCAAACGUUUCCAACAUUAAGAAGAGAGGAUUCGAUCGUCCUACAGUUCUUAACAAGAUACGAAGAGGAAUCGAUUUAUCAAAUGAAUGGGGCAGUGGAUUUGUGGAAAAAUAUGAAAUUUUAUAUCAAGUUGGUGAAGGUACUUAUGGACAAGUAUAUAAAGCUAGAGAUAAAGUAACAGGUGAACAAGUGGCUUUGAAGAAAGUGCGAUUGGAAAACGAAAAAGAGGGUUUUCCAAUAACUGCUGUCCGAGAAAUUAAGAUUUUACGACAGUUAAAUCACGCGAAUGUUGUAAAACUUAUAGACAUUGUCACAGACAAAUUAUCUGCAGCGGAUAUGCGCACUGAAAGAGCAAAUUUUUAUUUGGUUUUUGAAUACGUGGACCAUGAUCUUAUGGGAUUGCUUGAAGCUUCGCACUUGAUCAACUUUCAUAAUGAUCAGAUUCGAAGUUUAUUUAAACAGUUAAUAUUGGGUCUAGAGUACUGUCAUUCCGCCGGGUUUCUCCAUCGUGAUAUAAAAUGCAGCAAUAUUUUGUUGAAUAACAGAGGUGAACUGAAGAUAGCCGAUUUUGGUCUUGCUCGUUAUUAUUCUUCGGAUCAAGAGAGACUUUACACCAAUCGAGUGAUUACUUUGUGGUAUCGUCCACCGGAACUAUUGUUGGGUGAUGAGCACUAUGGUCCAGCGAUUGACGUGUGGAGUAUCGGGUGCAUCCUUGGGGAAUUUUUCACAAGGAAGCCGCUUUUUCAAGGCAAUAAUGAAGCAGGGCAACUAGACCUUAUAUCUAAGGUCUGUGGCACACCAUGUUUGGCGAACUGGCCUGAUGUAGAGAAAAUGCCCCUGUUCAAUACACUUCGGAGUAAAAAGCAACAUGUGAGAUGUCUUCGUGAGGAGUUCUCACAAAUAAUGCCGUCUGGUGCAAUCGAUCUCAUGGACAAGAUGCUUUUGCUAGAUCCGAAGCGUCGCAUCUCUGCAAAAGAUGCCAUUAGUCAUUACUGGAUCAAAAAUUUCGACUAUGCCACAGUUCCUCCACUGAGAUUGCCGCAACAUCAGGACUGUCAUGAGUUGUGGAGCAAGAAACAGCGGAAAGAACGUCGCUCGCUUAAUCCAAAAAUGACAGUUCCACCUUUUGACGGCCAAGAUUUGGAGACCUCGAACCAUCCAUCUUGUAUUGGUCCGAGCAGUCAAUCACUGCAGUACGAUAGGCGGCGAAAUUCCCCAUCAAAUGGAUUUGUGCCUGGAUCUUCAUCGAUCAAUCCUUCAAAGACAGAAGCCAUCGAGCAAUCUAUAUAUGCUGCUUUGUACGGAUCCGACACUUCACAGCUAAUACGACUUCUUCAAUAUACAAAUGCAGCAGAAGAUUUGCAUAUCUUCAACAAACUAUCGCAGAUCUCUCAGUUCGCCCCUUUGCAAGCAGAUGAUCCACGCCCUAUGAAGGAGCGAUUGCUGGAGCUUCUGUCCAAUAGAAAUUAUUUCAAUGCGAAGCCAUCGACAAACAAUUUCAUCGCUGGAAAUACUGUCCAACAGGGACCUCGAUCUGUUAAUGUCGUCGACUCUGAUGGAUACCGAAGCCUUCCUCAUCAUUUGCAACCUCAUGCCUACAGAUGA